GUUGUCCGGAGUUAUGCAGACCCCAGGUAACUUGGUGCGCCGCCAUUAGGCAUCGGCGGCCCAGUAACGUGCAGUCGCUUAUCCGGACUUUGCCCCGGCGCCAGCUGAGUCGCGUUCGGUUGACUAUACCUGCUUAAGGCAGUCGGCAUUCCGAUAGAUUGGCCGCCCCCCUUAACGCGAACGCGCACCGCCUUCGAGAUCUUCAGGACGCGGCUGCUCUGAACAGCGUUUGCCCAUGCGACUUCACCGUCCGCGAUAGAUAUGAUCAAAUAGCGGUCGCAGCCGUUCCACGCCUGUUCCGGCAGGCCGUGUUCCAAAUCUGCAUGGCUACCCGUGGAAGGCGACAAGCCUUUCCAGCCCCGACGGAAUUCAGAAUCUCUCCGUGGCCUCGUCGAACUUUUAAGAGCGUGUGGGGCGUAUAAAGUCGCAUCCAUUCGGAGAACUCGGCUCGUAAACACCGCGAUGCCAGCAUUCGACUCCUUCCCCUCAACACCCGGGUCAACCGUCUCCGGCAUGUUCCCCAUGGACGCCCCUUAUCCCGAGGAAUUCGCCACCCCCGAAUGCUCAUCCUGGCCCGCCAGUGGCUUGGAUCCUCAGUUCCUGAGCCGAUUUACGAACCCGUGGCUCGCUCAUCAGGAUUUACCGGAUCAGGGUUACUAUUCGCCGCCCUCAAGCAUCCAUCCGCGCACUGGUACCUACGCCCCGGACCAGUACAACGCGUUCGGUCCGGGACACCGAGGCCAACAAUCGCAAUCGACUUACGAAGAACAAAUGUAUGCUGUGACCCCGGAGCUCGGCGCGGAUCAUAUGCACGAUCUAGCUUUCGGGACUCCAUUGCCCAGCUCCUGGGAUAUGUCUUUGCACCUUGGGCCUUUUGACUCUGAGGGCCGGCGAGCAUACAGCAAGCCUAUCGAUGCGCAUUGUUCACCUCCACCAGGAUCCCCCACUGCAUCCGCACACCGACGGUCCAUGGAUGUAGCGGGGAUGACAGAUCCCGGUGCCUCAGGCGUCUUCCCUACUCCCGUUCAGCUGCUCUCCGAUUCCACUCCGCCGAGUGCCGGAGGGGCAAGAUGGACCGGGGCACGAAGAACAUCCACCUCGCAGUUCGCGCCCGAGCCUGCGCCCGAUGGCGCACAGAGUUCGUCCUCUGAGUCUGAGGAGCUCCGAUCUCCUGCCCGCGCAGGGAAGGCGCCACAACGGCAGAAACAGUCAUUAUCAGAGCUCCUCGGUUUUCCUGCCACGGAUCCGGAGUUGAUUUCCGCACACGAAAAGAAGCGAAAUUACCUGACAAGCCUGGAGGAGUACAUCAAGUACCUGCAUAAUCAGAUGGCUCUCGCGGGCGAGCAACCGCCUCCCCUGGUCCGCAUGGACGGAUACAAAGGGCUCAGCAGCCGUUCUGUCCGCACUAUGCUUAUACACAUGCAAGAUCAGAACAGGACGCUGCACCGACGGGUCCUCGAGCAAGAGCAGACGUUCCUCGAUCUACAUCGCGAGCUGGCGUUGAAAGAGGAUCAACAGCCAUUCGCUUAG